UUUUUUUGGCGGGCGGCGACUUUGUGGGCACCGGGCAAUGUGCAUGUAUACUGUAUAGGUAGAUUCUAAAAUAAUGAAUUAGAUUGUUGAUAGUCUAAUGUCUAUGCAUAACUGCAGUCUGUAACUGAAUGCUGUUUUCAAUGAAAAGAAAUUGAUUAUAUUUUAUGAAGUUACAUAAAGAAAUAAUGGAUAUAUUUUGUGAAAAACAUACAAGCUGUGAAUCGCCAAUCUCAGUAAUUGCCGAAAUACUUUCAAAAAAUUUUAAUGCAAAGUAUGAAAUAGUUUUAGAAGAAUUUAAAAAAUUAGGAUUUGAAAAAAUAAAGGAUUUAGCCAAAGCCACAUUAAGUAAAGCCAGCUCCAUACCAUUAGAUGGUGAUCCAUUGGCUAAACUUUACAAAGCUAUCCAGAUUUAUGAUGAACAUUGUGCUAAACAAUUAAAAACUGUCACAAUGGAAUAUAAAGAACACCAUUUUACAAGGACAAAGGAAUUAUGUAAAGAAAUGCUGAUCCAUCAACCCACUAAUGUGGAUUAUUUAAAUUUGUUGGGUUUAGCUCAUUUUAAAUGCAAUGAGUACGACGAGGCUUUUACGUAUUUAAAAGAAGCAUCAACACACAAUUCUAACUGUGCAGAAGUUUAUAGUAAUAUAGGAUCAAUCUUUUUGAAAAAGAAGCAAGUAAAGGAUGCACUAGAAUAUUAUUAUCAAGCUAUUUGUCAAAAGCCUGAUUUCGUCGAUGGGUGGAUUAAUUAUGCGAAAACAUUAGUUUUAGCUGGUGACAAAAUCCAGGCAUCUCGGGCAUAUUUAAUGAUUUUGGCUUAUAAACCAGAGUUGUACAAAGUCAGAAACCACUAUGGAUGUUUGCUUUUAUCAUUAAACAACACAGAAGAAGCAGAAUUACAAUUUGUAUUUGCCAAAAGAUCUGCACCGGAGUUUCCAGAUACUUGGAUCAAUCUCGGAGGGUUGUAUUUGAAAAUUGGCAAAAUAGAUGAAGCUAUUGAUCAUUAUAAAAAAGCAUUAGAAUUAGAUGGAAAUUUGACUAUUGUAUGGAUUAACUUUGGAGUAUGUUAUGUCAAUUUGGGAGAAUACUCAAAGGCGAUUGAUGCGUUUGAAAAAGCAAUUCAAUUGACUCCAGAUAAUGUUAUUGCGUUAACCCAUUUAGGUCAUGCUUAUACAUUGAAUGAUCAGCUUACUUUAGGAGUUCGUACUUAUGAGAAAUGUUUAACAAUGGAAUCUGGUAAUGCGGAAUUAUACUAUAAUUUAGGUUUAGUCCACUUAAAACUGUUAAACUAUAAGGAAGCGGAGAAGUAUUUGAAAAUGUGCAUAGAACUUAAUCCUUUGAAAGAGGAUGCCUUUAAGUAUCUCGGGUCAGUUUAUUAUAAACAAGGUGAACUGAAACAAGCUUCUGAAAUAUUUAUAUUGUUAGGAGAUAUGUAUUUCGAUAAAAAAAAUCAAGAAGCAUCCAGAUCAUUAUAUAUUCAAGCUUUAUAUUUAAAUCCCAAUAACUCUGAAGGACAUUGGAAAUUAGGCCUUACAUAUCACAUUUUAGGAAAUCUGGAUUUGGCUCUGUUAAGGUACAAGAAAGCUUUAGAUUUAAAACCAAAUUUUCCGGACGCCUAUUGUAAUUUAGCGCUUAUCUACGAAACUAAAGGGUUGACUGAAAUGGCUUUACAAUAUUAUGAAAUGGCAUUACAACUUGAACCGUUUCAUCUGAAUGCACUACAUAAUUUAGCGCUGUUGAAAGAAAAAUCAGGUGAUUUUGAUGAUGUUGUAGAACUCUAUAUGAAAAUACUCAAUCAAACUGAUGCAGACGCAUUAUACAUACACAUUAAUUUGGCAAAUAUUUUUUAUAACGAACAAUUUAAUCUUCACCAAGCUCUUUAUCAUUAUGAAAAAGCCGUUGAGAUUGAUAAUACUCUUUUAGAAGCAUACCUCAACAUGGGAAGUAUACUAAUUGAACUGAAAGAAAGUGCUAAAGCAUUAGAAUGUUUCAAUAAAGCGAUCCAACUCGAUUCACAGUGUGUAGUCGCUUACACCAAUAUAGGUUCCAUUUACAAAGACAAUGAACAUUUUCCUGAAGCAAUAAAAUCGUACGAAAAAGCAUUAAGUAUAAAACCAGAUUUCCCAGAUGCGUAUUGUAAUCUUGUUCAGUGUUAUCAACAUAUAUGUAAUUGGUCGUCGUAUGAAAGUCGCAAAUCAAAGUUGAAAAGUAUUAUUACAAAACAGCUCGCUAAAGACAAUGCUCCAUCGUUACUACCACAUCAUUCUCUCAUGUACUCGUUUUCGCCUGACAUUGUUAAGCAAAUCGCUAGCAAGCACGCAGAAGUUUGUAUAAAUAAAGCCUACAAGGUAGCAAGACGACAAGUUUACAACCAUCCGAAAAAUUUAUCUUCCGUCAGUCGAAUUCGAGUGGGCUAUGUAUCGUCCGACUUUGGUGAUCAUCCAACAUCUCAGUUAAUGCAGUCCAUACCGCGUUUCCAUAACAGAAAAAAUGUUGAAGUGUUCUGUUACAGUUUAUCACCGAAUGAUAACUCUUCAGCGUGGAUUGAAAUUUCUAAUGGUGCAGAUAGUUUUGUGGAUAUAUCCAACAUGAAUAUAGUUGAAGCUGCCAAUCAAAUUUACAAAGAUGGUAUACAUAUUUUGAUCAACAUGAAUGGUCAUACAAAGGGUGCUCGUAAUGAAAUUUUCGCCCUACGUCCGGCACCUAUCCAAGUCAUGUGGCUGGGUUAUCCUAGCACGAGUGGUGCUGAAUUUAUGGAUUAUUUGAUAACAGACAAGGUGUGUUCUCCUCCGGAGUAUCAUCGUAUGUAUACUGAAAAAUUGGUGUACUUAAAUCGCUCGGUUUUCGUUGGUGAUCACAAACAAAUGUUUAACGAUUUGAAACGUCGUGUCAAAACCGAUAAGGUGCAUACAACUCAUAAUGCAAUUGAAAAUUUCAAUAUUAAUAAUUCAUCGUUGACACGUGGUUUGCCAUUAAAAAAUACCACACGCACCGUGUACAGUUUCAAAAUACUUUCCGAUCUAUCCAUUCAAUGUUAUUGCCGACAACAAUUUAACUUACCCGAAGGUGUUGUAGUUUUUUGCAAUUUCAGUCAACUGUAUAAAAUAGAUCCGGACACUUGGGAAAUGUGGAUGACUAUUUUGAAAAGUGUGCCCGGUUCGGUUUUAUGGUUACUCCGUUUUCCGGGUGACGCUGAAGAAAAUUUACGAUUAUCUGCAAAGAGUUUUGAUGUAGAUGCAAAUCGUAUAGUAUUCAGUGACUUGGUGUCCAAAGAGGAUCACAUAAGACGUAUUCAACUGGGUGACAUAUUUUUGGAUACCCCUUUAUGUAAUGGACACACAACUUGCUUGGACGCGCUGUGGGCUGGAUUACCCGUUGUAGCAAUGCUAGGUGAGACAUUUGCAUCCCGCGUCGCGGCUUCACAGCUAACAACCCUAGGGCAUAACGAUCUGGUCGCAAACAACGCUGAAGAAUACAUUUAUAUUGCAACAAAACUAGGAUCAAAUAGAAGUUUAUUGGAAUCAAUUAGAGAUAAUAUAUGGUCAUCGAGAAUGGAAAGCAAAAUGUUCGAUUGUCAAAAUUAUACUGACGAAUUAGAAACUCAAUAUAGAAAUUUAUUGGAUAGAUAUGGACACUCUGAACAACCAAGCCAAUUUACAAACAGUUCAAUGUAAAAUUUACAAAAUAUAUUAUUAUUCAAUACCUUGUUCAAAUAUUCUUAAAAAUAAAAUUAGUAUAUUUCCACAUGUCUCAUAUCUAAUAUUUUUACUUUUAGUAUUUGAAAACAAAAUUAUUAAUUUUUUCAAAUAUUGCUAUAUCAUUUUUUUAAAAAAUGUAUAAAACAAAAUUUUAAAAUAAUCUGUUAUUAUAUAUAACAAUGUUAAAGACAUUAUAGAUAUUAUGGACUAGCUGUUAUGGCUUAUAAUUUUAAUAAAUGUUUUAGUAUUAGUUAAUUUUUUUUUUUAAAUGUAUAAAAUAAUUACCAGAUACCUCGAUUCAUAUUAGAUUAUCUAAUUUCUAUGUAUUUAAUUUAAUUUUUUAAGUGGCAAAUAUCUUGUAAAAUGGUAUAGUAUAGUAUUAAAUAAAAUAUUUAUCAUUAGAUCAUUUGAAUAAUGUGUUUACAC